CUUUGUUUUCAUUGACAGUACUCGGUCUUAUAUCAAUAAGGAUACGGUGCGCUGUAUUGAUUAACGCUUUCUAAGAUGAGCUCGUGCAGUAGCCGGGCUCUCACGCUGCUGUCCUCCGUUUUCGGGGCCUGCGGCCUGCUUCUGGUGGGCGUGGCCGUCUCCACCGACUACUGGCUGCUGAUGGAGGAGGGCAUCGUUUUACAGCAGAACCAGAGCCUUGAGGUCAAGAUGGCGCUUCACUCUGGCCUGUGGAGGGUCUGCUUCGUGGCCGGAACAGAGAAAGGCAGAUGUGUAGCAUCAGAAUAUUUCACUGAGCCAGAAAUCGAGAUUACAACUGAAAACACUGCAAACAUACUAAAGAUGGUGAGGACAGCGACGCCGUUCCCCAUGGUGUCCUUGCUCUUCGUCUUCACCGCCUUCGUCAUCAGCAACAUCGGGCACAUCCGGCCGCAGCGGACCAUCCUGGCUUUCGUCUCGGGAAUCUUCUUCAUCUUAUCAGGGCUCAGCCUGGUGGUGGGGCUGGUGCUCUACAUCUCCAGCAUCAACGACGAGGUGAUGAACAGGCCGCGGGAGCCCGAGCAGUUCUUCCACUACCACUACGGCUGGUCCUUCGCCUUCGCCGCCAGCUCCUUCCUGCUCAAAGAGGGGGCCGGGGUGAUGUCUGUAUACCUCUUCAUGAAGCGCUACGCAGAAGAGGAGAUGUACCGGCCACACCCAGCCCUUUAUCGCCCCCGUCUGUCGGAGUGCAGUGAUUACAGCGGGCAGUUCCUGCACCCGGAGUCCUGGCCCCCACCGCAGAGGGGCCGCAGCGCCUCCGAGGUCUCCAGCGACAUCUCCAUCCAGCUCAACCAGACGCCCCCUCCCCCGACCAAAAACAACCCCCCACAGAACCCCCCCGUCGGGGUAAUAGGGGCUUCUUCUGGCUCCUCGUCCGGUGCCAGCUACCAGCUGCCUCCCCCCUCCUCCUACCCCCACUCCCACACCCUCCACUCCACCCACACCCUCUCCCACGCCCAGGCUGCGAUGCCCGUCAGCAACCCCCAGUCCCUCCCCCUUGCCAUGCCCCCCUCCUCCGUGCCCCCGCCCCGCUACCACACGCACCUCCGGAUGAGCGCUUCGCCCUGUUAGAGAGAGGGGGGGUGGGAG